UCUAGCCUGAUAAUUCUAUCACUUCAUCAUCAUUGCUUUUUUUGGAAAGGGAGGAUCAUUUAUAGUUAUUUGACUAGCUUGCUGAUCAUAUUUCUUUUAAGAUUUCAUCUGCUUUGUGUGUACAGUUUUUAAAGACUGGAAAGAACAGUCAUUUUCUUGCUUUCUCAAGCCCUGGAAUUGUGAAAUAACAAAACAAGUUAAAUUAUCCUUGCUUUUUUUUCACAUCCCUUCCUUUCUGCACUAGGGAUUACAUAGCUACAAAUCCCUAGAUACUUUUUCAGCCCAACACAGAUAAGGGGUGAAACCUUGCAUUAUUUUUCCUCCAGAAGUUUGCAUUUAGCAGAGGGUGGCUUGGAAGUGUGUAAGAGCUGACUCCUAGGAUGAGAGAGGCCAACGUGCUGCAUUUCUCAUUGAUAAUCCCUUGAGUAAUCCUAAUCCAGUUGAGAUCUGUAGCCUUUAUUAAGCAUCACAUGGUAGAGGAUUCUUAAGGCUGCUCAUAACUGGGCAAUAAAUAAAUCAAAGUGUCUGCACCAGUUCUGGGUUGCACGUGCACAGAGACAUGGCCUGUUGUGCUGCCUGCCCAAGGGAACACCUUACUUAAUUUUUUGGAUUCUGAGGAGGAGAUUUUGCAUCUGUAACUAAACAAAUAGCAUCAGAAAUCAUUGGUCAUUUGGGUACUGAAUACAACCAAAAUUUAUCAAGUGAAGAGCUUCAGUUGUGUUUAUCUCAACAAAUCCAUAAAUUAGGACUUGGCAAGGUAAGUUGCAUUUUCCUUUUUAAUUCUUUGCAGCAGGGUUUUGUCUUCAGAAAUAGCUUCAAGUUUGAAGUAAAAUAUCCUUUUUUGUAUGCCAAGGUGUAGAAAGCUGCAUUUGGGAGUUUUGUAUCUGUAAUUCCCCUUUUUGGCAUUGCAUUAGCUGUGUUGUGGGUGUGUGUUUGAAAUACAACACGCUUCACCAUCUUGUUUGCAGCUAUGAGUGGUGCCAGGUCUGAUGUGCACGUGGGCCAUACCUCUAGGUAUUUACUCUCAGAGGCAAGGUAGGAUUGUUGCUUUCUCUAGUGCCUGCUAGCAUUUUUUCCCUUGGAAGAAGUAUUUGAUUGGUUUUUAAUUAAUGUGUAGCUCUUAAGCUCUUGAUGUUUUUCCUUUUAGCAGAACUUUUUCUCUCCGACAUCUCUUCUAGGUUUUCCCCUAGUAAACUUUCUAGUCUGUUAUGUCCUUCUGUUGCCUUCCCUGUUCUGCUCACCUGUUCCCUUCAUUGCUGGAAUGCUGAUAAAACUCUCAGGUUAGUGGGCAUCCCAUCCAUGAUACAAGAAGUGUCACCUUUGCUAGGAGCAGGUUUUCAUGUGAGCUGAGAUGUUUCCUGUGGGUCCUGUGGGUUGAGGACCACGUCCUGCAAAUGUCUGUGAUGUGCAAAAGUUCCCUGUGUGUAGGAUUUGGUUCAGAAUGCUGUCCUUUGCUUUGGUUUUGGAGAAGUAGUUUAAACCAGGAAAUUUACCUAGGCUUUUGUUGUUUGUGUUUUGGGGUGAUUGACUCGAGUGGAUUGGUGUAAGGUUUCCUUUCCUGAAUUUCCUGGGGUACUAGGUGGUGUUACUGAACUUCUGCUUGUGUUUGAGGAGUUUCAAGAACUGUUACCCAAUGGCUUGGGAAGUGCAUGGACUAUUCUGGCUGCUGUGUCUCCCUCCUGCCUGUGAAACAUUACCUCUGGUGGUCAGGCUAUGUGCAUCUUCUCUGUGUGUGCGUGGCCUUCCCCUGAGGCCCUGAACUUGGUGUUUCACAGAUUCUGUGUCCGUGUGGGGCUCUUGAGUCCGUGACUUUUUAGUGGUGGUUUAAAUGUGUGCAGUGGCUUUUGUCACCUGCCUUGACCAUGCAUGGGUAUCUGCUGGCAGGCACUGUGCUGUGGUGCAUACCAGGGACUGCCCUGUGUGAAGGAGGUGUGAGGAAAGCCUGUUCCAGAGAGAAGGAAAUAUCUCUGCAGGAGAGGACUGGCAGACAAGAGUAAGAUGAGGAAUGGGUGGUUGUUAGCUGGCUGUUUGCUGUCUGGAUCAUGUUUCUCACCUGGAAAUUCAAUACAACCUGCACCUGAAGUGAUGCUGCUGCUGCUCAGUUCAUCCUGUCGUGGAGGCUGUGCCUUGAUGGGUCUCUGUUCCUCUUCAAUUUUUCAGGUACAAGAAUUUAGGAAGGGAAGUGUUGGAUGGAUGAGGAAGGAUCCAAGGUGCUGGUUCUGUUUCUUCCUCAGUCUUUCCAGCCUUGGAACAGGUUUGAUUCCAUUGGAGCCUGAUGUACUCCUGUGCACUCCUUUGCUCAGGUUGUUCCCCUGACAAAAAUCUGAGGGCAACAAAUGUAAAAGUUCAUGGCUCCGGGAACUGCUUGGGAGGAACCUGUUGAUAAGCCUUUCUAUAAUAUGAUAAUUAGGGCAGACUAACAUUAGGUGAUGCCUCUGUAUGGAUGGCUGAAAUGUGUUUAAAGUAGGGCUACCCUAAUAAUAAAUACCUCUUUACUUGGUAGGGAGAGAAGGAGAUAAGAAAAAAACUGUUGUCAAAGGUGCCAUCAAAUCCAAGGUCAGGGGUACCACCUGCCUUUAUCAAAGCAGGCAAGCAGUACGAAGGUCACAUUUUAUCUAAAUAGGCAGGUGGUACCCCUGAACACACCUUCAGCAGACAAAGUACUGAACACCAUAUUUAAAUGGUUGCUUCAGAUUUGUUCUCCAUUGUUUUAGAAGUAAUCUAGAAGCGUUCUAGUUCCUGGGAGAGGGGCCAAUGCAGAAUGAAUAAUUUAUAUCAUUGCUUCUCUGGGAAGUGGAAACUUGCUGAAUCCUCAGAUCUGUCUUAAGUGAAAUUUUGGUUUGGAUAGGCCAGAUGGGCCUACGCUCAAAAGUUGUCAACUUUUUCCUGAGUUCAAAUUUCCCUGGUACAGGAGGUUACAAACAAGAGCUGGUGAAUUUUGUCUGCAGUUGUCCCUUGGAGCAGUUAAUGUGGAAAGCUGUCAGAGUACCUGCAUUAUUUGAACACAAAGAAGGUGAAGCACUAGGUAAAACUGGGUGUAAUUUGGCAGCUAUUUCAGGCAUUUUGUGACAUUGGUAAGAAACAUUAUUGUUAGAAUAAAACAAGGAUGUAGAUAUUGCGCUGAGAGCAUUGCAGUGCACCCUGUUGUCACCCACUCAUGGCAUUGUGAGGAUGCCAUUGUACAGUUGGGCAUCCUGGGUGAGGGACAGAGAGUUCCAGCCUUGGCUGAGCUCUAAAAGCUCCCUGUGCUGCAGUGUGGCUGAGCAGGGCUCACCUUCCUGAGCAAACAUGGGUUGCUCACCUUACACAACACCGGAUGCACUCCUUCAAUUAGUGUUUGUGUGGAUCUGAGCUAUUUUGAGAGGGAAGACGGGGGUUAGGUGGAGAGAGAUAGGAGGAGGCAAAAGGAUGGCAGGAAGUGAGGAAAGGAGUUUUCUUCUCCUGGGUACAAGUGCCUCUGUAGUUAAUCUGUCCUGACCUCUCAAAAUACUUUCAGCUCUCCGGCCAACACCAGUCCUAACAUUCUUAAGGUGUUUAUUGCCUUCCCUCCAUUUUGCAGCUUUCCCCUCCCUGAGUUUCAGGAGAAGAUAAAAUUCUGUUGAAUUCUUCAGUGAUACAGCCUGGGGCUGCUUUGGCAGUAUUAUGUGACUGUUUAUUUUCCAGAGGAAGUAUGUCUGACUGUGAAGGACAAUUUGGUUAUCCUCAACUCCUUCCGAGUUUGACCUAAUCUUGCAUUAGGAUCUGUUUACUCUGACCAGAGCUUCCACAGCAGUGAGGUUAAGUCUGCAUGUCUGUCCUUUUAUACUGGCAAUUGAUGGCAUAAUAAGCUCCCACACGUCAGCAGAUACAUGAGAUGAAGGCAAGCAGUGUUUAACAAAGCUGGUUAUUUUCUUCUGGUAGCUAAUUGUUAUUUUAGAAUCAGCUUCCUGCUAGCUGUGGUCAGAUUAAAUAUCAGGUGUGUGUUCAUCCCUCAUAAUGAGUUAUCCUUUACAGAGUGAAUAUUUGUCUACACUACAGAAUAUAAUAAGAGGCACAUACUGCCUCUUAAUGACUUUUAAAUGAAUUAACAGUAUUAAAAAUGAAACAGUAUUAAAAAAUUACAAUCACAGUACCUAUUGUUAUGCAAGUAGCUAAAGGUGCUGAACUGAUUCCUGUUUAUAAAGCUCACUUGAGACGUGAAGCAGUGAGACAGAAGUCUUCUUCUGCUUGUCUGGGAUUAGCUGGAGAAACCUGGUAGUGGAAAAUGUACUUGGGCACAAGAGAGGCCAUCUGAUUGUUAAUAUUAUGUGUUAAUAUAUUUAACUGUAGAUUCUUGGCGCUGUGGGACGUGUUGCAGCUGUUCUGAUUCUGACCAAAUGGUCUUCCCUGCAUCUCGUUUGUGGUUUUGGUGACACUGGGCCAGUCUGCAACGUUGGAGCAUUGGUUGGAGAACAUGGGAUCUGGUAGUUCUGUAAAUAUCCAGUACAAGUACUCCCUGCAGAAGUCUGAAAGUGCUUUCAAGGCAGCUGUCUUGAUCCAGCAAUGGUAUCGGCGCCACGUGGCUCGGCUGGAAAUGCGGCGCCGCUGCACCUGGAGAAUCUUUCAAUCCAUUGAGUAUGCCUGUGAGCAGGAUCAGAUCAAGCUUCACAACUUCUUCAGUUACCUCAUGGACCAGUUCACACCAAGCAGCAGCAAAGAGAGGGAUUUUAUCACUCGCAUGUUCAUAAGUGGGGAAAGCUACAAAGAGGCAGAGUUGGAAAAGUUCUGUGACUAUGAAUCCAUAGAGGUGCCAGACUCCUACACUGGACCCCAUCUCUCUUUCCCUCUCCUCCCUGACCAUGCCACGGCCUUGCUGGAAGCUUUCCAACAGAAACAACAGCUCCAUGCUCGCUAUGUCUUAAACCUCCUGCACGAGACCAGGAAGCACCUCAAGCAGUUGCCAAACAUCAGCCACGUCUCCACCUGCUACAGCGAGGAGGUCACCGUGUGUGGAGAUUUGCAUGGCCAGCUGGAUGACUUGUUCCUCAUCUUUUACAAGAAUGGCCUGCCUUCCCCUUCCAAGUCCUACGUGUUCAAUGGGGACUUUGUAGACAGAGGCAAGCAGUCCCUUGAGAUCCUUGUUAUCCUCUUUACCUUCCUCCUGAUCUAUCCCAAGGAGGUUCAUCUCAACCGCGGGAACCACGAGGACCACAUGGUGAACUUACGCUAUGGUUUCACCAAGGAAGUGAUGCAGAAAUACAAGGUGCAUGGGAAGAAAAUCUUGAAGAUGUUUCAGAAUGUAUUCUGUUGGCUGCCCCUGGCCACCCUGAUUGAUCAGAAAGUCCUCAUUAUUCACGGGGGCAUCUCUGACACCACUGACCUGGACAUGCUUGAGAAAAUUCAAAGGGACAAAUUUAUUUCUGUGUUAAGGCUGAAGAAAAGAAAGGAAUCGAGCAGAAAAGCAGAAAUACAGGCCAUAAAUGGUGAGAGGGAAUCAGGCACUGAUGCAGCAGGGAAUGAGGCAGCUCCCAGGUUAUCCCAGUCAGCCCAGGCUCCCAGCACAGCCAACAGGCUGGAGUUCUCCAGGUGGCUCCGGCAGACGGUGCAGGAGCAAAUCGACACGUGCCGCCGGCUGGUGGACAUCAGUGAGUCAGAGCCAGAGGAGCUCACCUAUUCCAGCAUGGUCUCCUUGAAGGGUGUGGAUGAUGAGCCGUGCUGGAGUCGCCAGGAGGAGUGGAAGCAGGUUUUAGACAUCCUCUGGAGCGACCCCACGCCUCAGGAGGGCUGCAGAGCAAAUAAGGUGCGAGGUGGUGGAUGCUACUUUGGGCCUGAUGUGACAGAGAAGUUCCUUGAGAAGUACAGCUUGCAGUUCCUGAUCCGCUCUCACGAGUGCAAGCAGGAGGGCUACGAGUUCUGCCACAACCGCAAGGUGUUGACCAUCUUUUCAGCCUCAAACUACUACGAGAUUGGCAGCAACAGGGGAGCCUAUGUGAAGCUGGGACCAGACCUGAUCCCCCACUUUGUUCAGUACCAAGCAAACAAGACAGCCCAUAUGCUCAAUAUGACCCAAAGAAUAAGCAGAGUAGAGGAGUCAGCCUUUCGAGCCUUGCGGGAAAAGCUCUUUGCUCACACCUCAGCUCUCAUCAGUGCCUUCAAGGCCUACGACGGGGACAAUACAGGAAAGAUCUCUCUGAGCAACUGGGCGACAGCAGUGGAGUCGGUGCUGCGGCUGGGGCUGCCCUGGCGAAUGCUGAGGCCGCAGCUGGUGCGCAGCACCGAGGAUGGAAUGCUGGAAUACAAAUCCUGGCUGGAUGACCUGGCCAUGGAGCAGAGGAGCCAAGAGCACAUCCAGUCAAGCUUGCUGGAAGUCAUUUAUCGAAACAGAUCCAACUUAGAGACCAUAUUCAGGAUCAUAGACAGAGACCAUUCAGGUCUCAUCUCCUUUGAGGAAUUCCAGCAAACCUGGAAGCUGUUCAGCUCCCACAUGAACAUUGAACUCACGGAUGAUGGCAUUAACGACUUGGUUCGCAGCAUUGAUUUUAACAAGGAUGGGAACAUUGACUUCAACGAGUUCCUGGAAGCCUUCCGCCUCGUCAAACAGUGCCCGGCGUGAGAACCUGCCCAGGGUUACCACGCCCCAUGCCUUGAUUUCCACAAAGCCAGGACUGC